AUGUCACCAUCCGCUCUUCGGAUGGCACUGUUGACAUUCGAUGAACGAUCGAAAGCAUCAGUGAUUCGAUUAGCACGUCUGCUAGCAGCAUUCUACCUCGGUUUCCCGUUAUUCGAUUUUAACUUAUUAUUAUUAUUAUUAUUAUUAUUAUUAUUAUUAUUAUUAUUAUUAUUAUUAUUAUUAUUAUUAUUAUUAUUAUUAUUAUUAUUAUUAUUAUUAUUAUUAUUAUUAUUAUUAUUAUUAUUAUUAUUAUUAUUAUUAUUAUUAUUAUUAUUAUUAUUAUUAUUAUUAUUAUUAUUAUUAUUAUUAUUAUUAUUAUUAUUAUUAUUAUUAUUAUUAUUAUUAUUAUUAUUAUUAUUAUUAUUAUUAUUAUUAUUAUUAUUAUUAUUAUUAUUAUUAUUAUUAUUAUUAUUAUUAUUAUUAUUAUUAUUAUUAUUAUUAUUAUUAUUAUUAUUAUUAUUAUUAUUAUUAUUAUUAUUAUUAUUAUUAUUAUUAUUAUUAUUAUUAUUAUUAUUAUUAUUAUUAUUAUUAUUAUUAUUAUUAUUAUUAUUAUUAUUAUUAUUAUUAUUAUUAUUAUUAUUAUUAUUAUUAUUAUUAUUAUUAUUAUUAUUAUUAUUAUUAUUAUUAUUAUUAUUAUUAUUAUUAUUAUUAUUAUUAUUAUUAUUAUUAUUAUUAUUAUUAUUAUUAUUAUUAUUAUUAUUAUUAUUAUUAUUAUUAUUAUUAUUAUUAUUAUUAUUAUUAUUAUUAUUAUUAUUAUUAUUAUUAUUAUUAUUAUUAUUAUUAUUAUUAUUAUUAUUAUUAUUAUUAUUAUUAUUAUUAUUAUUAUUAUUAUUAUUAUUAUUAUUAUUAUUAUUAUUAUUAUUAUUAUUAUUAUUAUUAUUAUUAUUAUUAUUAUUAUUAUUAUUAUUAUUAUUAUUAUUAUCAUUAUUAUUAUUAUUAUUAUUAUUAUUAUUAUUAUUAUUAUUAUUAUUAUUAUUAUUAUUAUUAUUAUUAUUAUUAUUAUUAUUAUUAUUAUUAUUAUUAUUAUUAUUAUUAUUAUUAUUAUUAUUAUUAUUAUUAUUAUUAUUAUUAUUAUUAUUAUUAUUAUUAUUAUUAUUAUUAUUAUUAUUAUUAUUAUUGCACGAUACCGUACUCAACUUGACAACAAGUUUCCUGGAAGAACUACGGACGAAACAACUUCGUACACAAGUGGAAAAUAUCAUCGUGAAUACGAGUACAUCUGCUCCUUGUGCAGCACUUGGUCACAGAUACGUGCAGUCCUUGCUAGAAAUCGAGAUCUUCUACGAUACGAGAGAUUUACACGAAAUGCAAAUGUUCGUCGUUUCACAGUUGGAACUGUUGUUCGCUCAACUUCCACUGCGAGUACAGGAUCUGUCAGUUCUUCCUCGACCACCCGUGUAUUGCUAUCAGAGUCAUAGAGACGGCUCUCUCGAAUCGAAAAUUCAUUCAACAAUGCAUUGCUACAUGCAGAUAUUAUUCAUAUCGCUUCAAAAGACAAAUCGGAUGAACUUAGAGAUCAAUAGGAUAAACGAAUUGAUCAACGAUGAAGCGACAACAGCCCCGUCACCUUCACUGCUCAUACAAGCUUUGUUGUUGGUGCUUAGGACGACUUAUCGUGACAUGUUCAGUAUGGCUGUGAUGGAGAAUCGGGCUGAUUUGUCCCUCAUCGCUGCCAAAUACAACGCGGUCGUAGCUGCUGUAGAUUGUGAUGAAGGAAACAUUCAUUUGAAGUCAUGGCUUGCAUUGGCAUCACCAGAAGAUCUUGAACACGUCAGCAGAUUUCUCACGUUCCUCAGUGAGGGAUUUCCAGAAAAGAACGAUCUUCCUCCAUUAAGAAGCCCUACACGAUCACUUUGGCGUGCUGCUAUGUUGCCGAAAGAGUGUAAAGUACCGAAGAGGACUGACUGGCUCUCUGGAGUGACAAUAUCUGCUCAUAAGGUUGGAAAAUUCACCUACGACAAAAUGGCGUUCGCAGCGACAGAAUGGACAACGCCGUUGAUCCACGAUCCUUCGCUCAUCCCAAUGCUCCUACACCUCGUACCUGCUGAUUUUUGCUCACCGUCUUCGACCGUAUCGCAGCGUUCCUGCAUGUCGGCACGUCCGACAUUCACUAGUGCCUUCAACGAACCAACCACAGAGAGGAUUUUCUCUCCAAAAAGAGAUGUUGUAGCUCUUUACGCUGAACGAGGGAGAAGACUAAUGGAAAAGAAUGGUAGUUGGCCAACGAAAACUGCAUACAGCGCGCAACUUCGGUCAAUCCGUGAAAAAUUGAAGAGAAACAUUAGUAUUCAACGUAACUUGAAAGAAGAUAUCAAUGAUGAGAGAAGUUUUGUGGAAAGUCUACCCUCGAGCAGAAAUUUUGAGGACGGAACGGGAUUUUGGGGGAGGUCGGAAUUUUCAGCGCGUGUGAAAACCGAUAAGUUACGCAGCGACAAAUUUCUGGAACAUUCCGCUGAAGAAAUCACCAGAGAUCUGCGGACGCUAAGCACGAAAAUGAACAAAAUCCAGUCUAGCAAUAAACUCUGGGAACAAGACAUCAUGGAUGGAAAUUCUUCGGUCACUGGCUUUCCAGAAACGAAGCAACCACCAGAAGCGGUUGAAUCCAGCAGCGAGCGUAGCGUCGAUGAGGAGGAAGUGGAAGAUCUUCCCUUAAACUACGAGCAGACGGCUCCCUCAAAUAAUCCCCUGCCUAAAAUGGAAAAACUUGACUUCACUUUACUUUCACCAACUGUUAACGUGGGAAGGCAAGGUGUUUCAAAAGAACUCUCAGAAAAACCGCCAUCAAGAACACUCGUCACUCAUCCGGAAUGGAUGCGACUCAUAUCGCUUGAGGAAGUGAACUCGACCAAACCACUUCUGCUUCAGUACAGCCCUCGUAAGGAAAAAAACUCGAGAGCGGAGACAAGCACCCAAACGGGCGUUUUUCAAAGAGACCUCAGUGAAAAAGGCUGCCAAACGAAAGAGGAGGAACGAGUUCCACCUGAUAGCGGAUUUCUGGACACUAUGGAUAGAUCUCCGAGGAAAAAAAUGGAAAUAAUUCAAUCGAUGUCUAUGAAAAGAAAUCGUCGAGCCUUCAGUACCACGUCAUUAUUGAACGAAACGCCAGAAAAAUCCAGCGGAGAGGAUUUCAUCAGUUGA